UGAACUUGCCCCCCUCUCUCCCUCUCUGUCUCCCUGUAACUCCCCAAUCACCUCCAUCUCUAUUCUCGGUCUUAACUCUGAACUUGCGCCCCCCCUCUCUCUCUGCAACUCCCCAAUCGUGCGCCUCUAUAUCUAUUCUUGGUCUCAACUCUGAACUUGCCCCCCCCUCUCUCUGCAACUCCCCAAUCGUGCGCCUCUAUCUCUAUUCUCGUUCUCAACUCUGAACUUGCCCCCUCUCUCUCUCUCUGCAACUCCCCAAUCGCCUCCAUCUCUAUUCUCGUUCUCAACUCUGAACUUGCCCUCUCUCUGUUGCAAACUACAAAAUCUACAAGAAUCAGAAGUUCGAAACCCAUAUAAUUUGGUUUAUCUAUCUGUCUGUAAGAACUGGUUUAUCAAUUGUUUUAUGUGUUUUUUUAACUUUGUGAAUUACUGCUUUUGGAAUCUGAAAUUCACUACUCUUGGUUAUCCUCAAAGUAUUACUUUUUAGGCACUUUAAGCAUGGUAGUUGAGCUUUACAUUCAUCCAUUCUUUGCUUUCUGCGACUUUGUAGUUACACUGGUUCCUUAGAAUGCUGUUAAGUGAUUUCAACAGUCUUGCUAGAUUGUGUUUGUUGCUUCAAUUUUUUCAAAACCCAUAUAUUUCAGUUGAUCUAUAUGUCUGCAAGAAUCAAAAGUUCAAAACCUAUUACCUAAUCAAAACCCAUAUCUGAUAUGCCAGAUUGUUCAAAAAAUCAAAACCCAUAUAUUUCAGUUUCCAUCGCCUGCUGUUACAGUUCGGGUUCGCCGUUCGCAAGCUUCAACUGUUGUCUCUCAACUCUCAAGCUUGCCCCCCUCUCUCUCUCUCUGCAACUCUGCAACUGCUAACUUGCAUGUAUGGGUUUUGUUUUAAUUUUUUUGAUAUUUAUUAUUGUUUGUGCCUAUUGUGCUUUUCAGUGAGGAAGAAACAAGAAUGAAAAUCUACUGUGUCUUAACUAGACACUAUUAUGCAUUUGGAGCCCUUGUAUCUGAAGAACUUUCAUACAAGAUCAAAGAUCUGCCGAGAGUCCGUUACGUGCUUCCUGAUUCUUACUUGGAUGUGAAGAAAAAAAGAUUAUGGAGGCAAUGCCGUGUCUUUUUUGUUAUGCUAAAACUGAUUUUUCUCCGUCUCUCUUCAAAAGCAUAAUUUUGCAUGUUGCCCCAUUACAAGGAACAAAAGGCAGCAAAACCCAUAAAAGGCGAACAAGAUUUAGACCUUGUCCCUUGGGGCAUGGGAAAUUUGAUAGGUACCCAAAUGGCCAUAAGGGCUGCAAUUGAGCUCAAUGUUUUCAAUAUCAUUAGCGAUUCAGGCCCUGAAGCUCAUUUGUCUUCAGCUGAAAUUGUCUCCAAAUAACCACUGCCAAUCCUAACGCAGCCAAUGCCUUGGAAAGGAUAUUUUGGAGACAAUUUCAGCUGAAGACAAAUGAGCUUGUGGAAAGUCUUUACAAGCUCAAAGAUAUUGGUGCUUGAACCGGAGUGUAUGCCGUUCCACAAAAAUUAUGGUGUGAGCUUUUAUGAGUAUGUUGCUAAGGAACCAAGAUUAAGCAAUAGCUGUUCUUUGAUAUGGUGUUCAAGGUGUACCCGGAUUUGAAGAAGUCAUAGUUGGUGGAUGUAGGUGGUGGCAAUGGAACUUCACUUUGGAAGAUAAUCUCUGCUUGUCCACACAUUCAUGGCAGAAACUUUGAUUUGCCUCAUGUCAUUGCUAAUGCUCUUGACUUCCCUGGUUAGUUCCUCUGCAACCCAUGUUCAACUCUCUUGUUUUUGUGUGUAUACAUGUAUCAUUGUUCUUAUAAUAACUGCUUUUGGUUUAGAAUUCACAAAAGUGUACUUUCUCAUAUAUUAACUAAUCGCUUUGUAUGUGUGGAGCAUAUUGCUGGAGAUAUGUUCAAGUCACUGCCAAAUGCACAAGCCAUUUUAUUGAAGACAAUAUUGCAUAAUUGGGACGAUGAUCGCUGCAUCAUGCUGUUGAGAAACUGCUGGAAGGCAGUGCCUGAUGAUGGUAAUGGUAAGGUUAUAGUUGUUGAGUUUGCGAUCCCUCAACUACUUCAAAAUGAUGCUGAAGCAGUUAAUACAAUAGCAGUGGACUUCUACAUGAUGGUAGUCACUAAUGGCGGAAAGGAGAGAACAACAACUGAAUUUGCGGAUCUAGCAAAACCUGAAGCAGUUAAUGCAAUAGCAAUGGACUUCAACAUGAUGAUAGUCACUAAUGGCGGAAAGGAGAGAGCAACAACUGAAUUUGCGGAUCUAGCAAAAGCUAAGUUGCUGAAACAAAGAUCUUUCCAGUUUCACCAGAAAUUUGCGUUCUAUAAUUCAUCAAGAGAAAUGGUGUAUAGAGGUUGUUUGAUGUGACCUUCGUAUAUUUGUUUCAUUUGUCAAUGUUUGUAAGCUUUUGAUAAGAAAUAAUGUGAGAAUCCUUGGACAUAAUGGAAUCUUUCCAAUUGCACAAGGUAUUCACCUUUUAGGUUGAAUUCAAAGUCUUUCAUAUAUAUGUUUCAUUUGAUAUUGUUUGUAAGCUUUUAAUAAUAAAUAAUGUGAGAACUCUUGGACGGAUUGAAUACCUUAUUUUGUGU